UCUCUAUGUUCCAGGGUCUUCUUUCUGGUUCCCCUUUUACUUACUAUCACUCUAUCACUAUCGACGCUGCUCUCUUUCUCUCUCUCUCCCUUAAAUCUCCAUUUCUCUUCUCGAAGCUGCUCAACGCUCUCUCGUCGCUUCAUUUCUCACGGUAAUUAUAUCAAACACCUUCCCCGCAACACUUUUAGCCUCUCUCUCUCUCUCCCCCUCUCUCUCUCGUCCAUGGCGCUCGCUCACUCUGUCCUCCCCCUUCCCCUCCCCCGCGCCACUGCCCCCCCCUCCUCCGCCGCCACUGCCGGGGCCGAGCUGGCGCCGCCGGCGAGCGGGCUCUCCGUCGCCCUCUUCGCCUCCCAUCGUCCCAGACCCAAUCGGAGGAGCGCCCUCUCCCCCUCCGUCUCCCUCCUCCGAAGAUCCCGACGCAGAGUAAGGGCAGUGCAUGAAUCUGGAAGUACUUUGGCUGUUGAUGCUUUUGCGAAUAUCAAGCAUAUCCUCCUUCCAAUCACUGAUCGGAACCCUUAUCUCUCAGAGGGAACCAGACAGGCUGCAGCAACUACCACUUCUCUAGCGAAAAAGUACGGAUCAGACAUUACAGUCGUCGUUAUCGAUGACAAGCCGAAAGAGUCCAUCCCAGAGCACGACGCUCAACUUUCUAGCAUCAGAUGGCACCUUUCAGAAGGCGGAUUUAAGGAGUUUGGGUUGAUGGAGCGGCUUGGGGAAGGGAAGAAGCCGACUGCGAUCAUCGGCGAGGUCGCCGACGACCUCAACUUGGAUUUGGUAGUCUUAAGCAUGGAAGCAAUCCACUCGAAGCACGUGGACGGGAACUUGUUGGCCGAGUUCAUCCCUUGCCCUGUGCUGCUUUUGCCUCUCUAGAUCGUGUCGAGUUGCCGCGCAUCGCGUGUUGUAGGUUCCAUGUUCACAGUUGCAUCUUAUGGUCAUGAUUUUUCCUACCCAAACCAGAUCUUUUUGUUCUUUCUCUUCAUUUUUCUUUUCCCCCUCACUUUGAUCCCAGAAACCCUCCAUAUGUAAGAUGUGCUGUAGCCUAUCUUGUUACCCAAAAUGUGGGCUUUUUAUCCGGUGGAUGUGUAAUGCAGUGAGAAGCUGGAAUGCUCUCGCACACCAAAGAGAAGCUCUAAUUUAAAACUUAGUGUCUGUUCGGCCUAAUGAAUAUCUCGUUUUCAGCUACAACCAAUUUUAUAAGAUGCUUUAAUUGUCCUACAUCGGAUGGAAAAGAAAUUAUGUAUGAAAUUAUGAGAGCUCGGAUUAUAGUAA